UCCUUGGAUUGGUUGCCUCGGCAUAACUAUGAUAUGACUAUGUCUGUACACAGUUACAAUAUAUACAAUGCUGUGUAUGCUGUGGCCCAGGCUCUCCAUGAGAUGCUUCUUCAUCAAGCAGAAGUACAAAAAAUGGGAAAUAGGAAAGGGACAGUGCCUUCCCCUGCACAGCUACACCAUUUUCUGAAGAACCUCCAAUUUGAAAAUCCCGCUGGAGGUCAAGUGAUUGUGGAUGACAAAAGGAAAUUGCAAGCAGACUAUGACAUUGUGAACAUAUGGAAUUUUCCAGAUGGUCUUGAAUUUGAGGUGAAAGUAGGAAAGUUCUCUCCAUAUUCUCUACAGGGUCAUCAACUGUCUUUACCUAAAGAUAUGAUACAAUGGGUUACAGGAAAUGCAGAGCCUGAACACUCUGUCUGUAGUGACAGUUGUGGUCCUGGAUUCAGGAAAUCCCCUCAGGAGGGAAAGGCUGCCUGUUGCUUUGAUUGCACUCCUUGCUCAGAGAAUGAGAUGGCUAAUGCGACAGCACUUGUUCUGGGGGUCUUUGUGAAACAUCACAACACCCCUAUUGUCAAGGCUAAUAACCAGGCUCUCAGCUACAUCCUGCUUAUCUCCCUCAUCUUCUGUUUUCUCUGUUCCUUGCUCUUUAUUGGCCCUCCCAACACAGUCACCUGCAUUCUACAGCAAAGCACAUUUGGAGUUGCAUUCACUGUCGCUGUUUCUGCUGUGUUGGCCAAAACUGUAACUGUGGUUCUGGCCUUCAAGGUCACAUCUCCAGGGAGAAGAAUAAGGUGGAUGCUGGUAUCAGGGGCUCCUAACUUCAUUAUUCCCAUCUGCACCCUGAUCCAAGUGACUCUUUAUGGAUUGUGGCUAGGAACCUCUCCUCCCUCCAUUGAUACAGACAUACACUCUGAAAACGGCCACCUCCUCAUCUUGUGUAACAAGGGCUCCCUCAUUGCUUUCUACUGUGUCUUGGGAUACUUGGGCUCCCUGGCCCUGGCCAGCUUCACUGUGGCUUUCUUGGCCAGGAACCUGCCCGACACCUUCAAUGAAGCCAAAUUCCUCACCUUCAGCAUGCUGGUUUUCUGCAGUGUGUGGCUUACCUUCUUGCCUGUCUACCACAGUGCCAAGGGCAAGGUCAUGGUGGCUGUGGAGGUCUUCUCUAUCCUGGCAUCCAGUGCAGGGCUCCUGGUCUGUAUCUUUGCCCCCAAGUGCUACAUCAUCUUGUUAAGGCCAGAUAGAAAUUUACUACAUGGAUUUCGGGACAGAAAACAUCAUGGGCAAAUUAAGCCCUCUUAA